AUGUCUGACCCGUCGGACCACGUCGUUUCCACGCCAGGAUUCAAGAUGGACCUGCCCAAGUUCUCUGGCUCGCCCGGCACCUUUCAUGCGUGGAGCAUUCGCAUGAAGAUGGCGCUCAAGCUCCGCGGCGACGACGUCUGGGCAGCUGUGGAGGCAGGAGCAUCGUCAUCGGGAGGUCCAAGCUCAGCGACACGCUCAAGUGCAAGGAGACCGACAGCAGGAGAUCACGCCAACCUCACCGCUGCAAACCUCAUCGCGUCCACGCUCUCAGGUUACCCCCUUCUCCUCUUCACCAACGGAGAAGCAGACGUCAACGCCGGCCAAGGAUGGGCCCGGCUCAAGGACCACUACGCUUCGCAGGACCGCCUCCGCAUCGCAGAGCUCAAGGAGGCGCAGCUUCACGUCCCCUGCGGCAACCUCGCCCGCUUCUUCGAGCGACACAUGGAGCUGCAGCAGCAGUUGCAGGACGCAGGCGUGCGCCAGGACAACGAGGACCUCUUCACCAUCCAUCAGGCUGCAGCAGCUGGAGCAGCAGAUGCGUGGUUCACGCACACAGCCGCAGGCAGGCGGCUUCAUGGCAAGCGCACCGCCACGCAGAGGCGAAAGACGCGGCUUCUCCAACAGCAGCAACAACCACGGACGCCAGGGACGCAACAAUGGAAACAGCAACGGCAACAGCAACGGCAAAGGGCGCCGCUUCCGUGGCAACUGUCACUACUGUGGCAAGUAUGGACACCGUGCAGCAGAGUGUCGCAAGAAGCAACGCGACAACGGAGCAACAGGCUUCACUGCACAGGCACAGCAUCAACAUGGUCAAGACGCAGCAACCUUCGUCGCUGCCACAGCUACUACACCCACGCAGCUGCAUGA